UCCUGCAGUGGCAGCACACGCAGCGUGUAGCGCCGCCUGUGGAGGAAGUGGGUACUGCAGCUGGUGUUUGCCAAGCGGGCGGAUGAGGAGCUGUGGAUUCGUCUCCUGGUAUUCGAUGAUCCCUGUAAACGUGAAUAAAUGUUCCAGUGCGAGUCUUUUGCGUUCCUUCUUUCCUUCUCUCCUUCUUUCCUUCCUCCUCAUCCCUACACACGACGUCUGUCCUCACCCCGUCUUCUCUUCUUCCUUCAGGAGAGCUGUAGGAAGUGCCACGUCGAGUGGAAGCAGCACGUGGGGAAGACGUGUGAGCAGGUCCUGGAGAAGGACGAGAUCCGCAAGAGGCAGUUCUUCGAGGAGCGCAUGACGGCCGCCCGGGUGAGGAAGUGCGUGAAGUGCACGAUGGGCCUGGUGAAGUCCGAGGGCUGCAACCUGAUGUCGUGCCGCUGCAGCAGCCUCAUGUGCUACCUGUGCAGGGAGCAGAUCAAAGGCUACAAGCACUUCUGUCAGCACGCGCACAACCCCGGCGAGCCCUGCGAGCACUGCCACAAGUGCUCCCUCUGGACGGACCCCACGCAAGACGACGAGCGGAUCAUUCGGGACAUCCAGAAGGAGGGCGAAGCGGAGCUCAAUAAGAAGUCUUUAGAUAAUCCGGGGAAGCGGGUCGGCGCUCCUCCGGAGCCCAUCAUCGAGGCCAAGCGUCUGUGCGUGCACCCCCUGCACCCUCAACCCGCGGCCCCCCCCCCACCCGCAGGCUGGUGGUACAGGCCGGCAUGUACCAUCAGCUGAUGAUCCCCCGGCCCCCUGUGUGCAAAUAAAUGACACUUCAAAUAUCUGGGGGGGGGGGGGCAGAGGCAACAGCAAGACAAGCAGAAACACGUAAAACCUGCGUAUGCAGAAGAAUAACCGCACGCAUAAAGCAUCUGAGAAGAGAUGAAGGAGACCUGUUGAUAUCAAAGUGAUGAUGAUGAACCUGUUUACAGAUUCUGCUCGUUGGAUGAUAAGAUCUGCCUUCACACUCUAAAUAUCUACGUAUCCUGUGGUGCAACACUGAUGUUAGCUUAUGAACGUCAGUCCUUCCAGCAGCAGGUCGUGAGUCACAGGGUGUCAACGUGAAGGACUUCAUAUCGUCACUCAACACAUUUUAACUUCACUUCUAAAGCAGAACCAUGUUUCCUCUGACUUCCUCCUUUCAGAUGACUUGACAUGAUGGAGCGUUUAAUUUGUUGGAUAGAAAUUGUUUAGAGUUUAUUAACAUUUUCGUAUAAUUUUUGCUUGUGUAUUUAAGGUUUUUUAACCUGAUGAACCAACCAGCCAACAACUAAGAAAGAAGAAAUAAAUAUUGAGCUGUGUU